UCUUCAACAAAUUUUAAAUUUUGAUGCAAAAUAUAUAAUAUUAUAUCCACAAAUUUCUGAUCAGACUCUAGUAUGAGAUGACAUCUUUAACAUUAGUGCUUUACCUUUGAAGAGUUGACCUCAAUUCCUUGGAUGGAGUUCGCUUCUUCUUCAUCAUCUUCAUCCUUCCUAAAAUCAGAACCCCAUUUCAUAUACGAUGUAUUCAUUAACUUUGGGGGAGAAGACAUCGGUAGGAAGUUGGUUUCUCAUCUCCACUCUGUCCUUUUACAAGCUCAAGUCAAAACUUUGGUUAACGAGGAGAAUCUGCAGGAGGGAAUGAAGCUGGAAGAACACAUGGGAGCAAUAGCAGUCUCUAAGAUUGCAAUAAUCGUUUUUUCCAAAACAUACACUGAAUCCACAUGCUGUCUUCUUGAGCUUGAAAAGAUUAUUGAAUGCCUCGAAACUUUUGGCCAAGUAGUUCUGUCCGUAUUUUACGAGAUUGAACCAUUGGAUGUACGUGAUCAGAAAGAUGAUUUUGGUAAAGCGUUGGAAGAAACUGCAAAAAAAAGCUAUUUAGGAGAACAACUGGAACAUGCGUUGUCCAGGUGGAGACGUGCACUCACCACAGCUGCAAGUAUGACUAGUUGGGAUGUCAGAGAUUUCAGGGAUGAUGCUGAACUUGUGGAGGUAAUUGUUAGGCACGUUCAUACAUUACUGGACUAUAAAGACUUGUUUAUUACCGAAUUUCCUGUUGGAUUAGAGUCCCGCGUGGAAAAGGUUAUUGGAUGUAUUCAAAAUCAUGACACCAAAGUCUGUAUAAUAGGGAUAUGGGGAAUGGUAGGAACGGGUAAAACUACCAUAGCCAAAGCCAUCUACAAUCGUAUAUAUCGUCUAUUCAUUGGUAAGAGUUUUAUUGAAACUAUUAGAGAGUUUUGGUGUCUAUUAUAUAGAACAUAUGUUGAUUUGCAAGAACAUCUUCUUGAUGAUGUCCUUAAAUACAAGUUUGAGUUGGAAAACGACGAGAUGGGAAGAACCAUGAUCAAGACUAAAUUCUCCCGAAAAAAGUUACUCAUUGUGCUUGAUGAUGUGAGUGAGUUUGGCCAACUAGAAAACCUAUGCGGGAAUCGCGAAUGGUUUGGUAGGGGAACUGUGAUAAUCAUUACAACUAGAGAUGCUAAAAUGCUAAACAGACUGAAAGUUAAUUAUGUUUAUAAAAUGGAUGCUAUGAACAAAAAUGAUUCCCUUGAGCUUUUAAGUUGGCAUGCCUUUGGAGAAGCAAAACCAAGAAAAGAAUUGAAUGAAAUUGCAAGGAACAUGGUUGCUAAUUGUGGAGGACUACCACUAGCCCUUAAGGUCCUCGGUGGAUGGACAAUGCAAAUUCCCUAUGUUCAAGUUCAAGAAUGGAAAUAUGUAUCGUUACGACUGCCAAAUGCCUUUGCUCGAGUUAGAGAGAAAUUGAAAAUAAGUUUUGACGGUUUAGGUGACAUGGAAAAAGAUAUAUUUCUUGAUGUAUGUUGUUUCUUUAUUGGUAAAGAGAGAGGCUAUGUCACAGAGAUACUAAAUGGCUGUGGACUACAUGCUGAUAUUGGAAUAACAGUUCUCAUAGAACGUGACUUCAUAAAAGUUGAAAGGAACAACAAACUUGAAAUGCAUCCUUUGUUACGAGACAUGGGAAGAGAAAUUACUCGUCGGGAUUGGCCACAGGAACCGGGAAAAAGGAGUCGAUUAUGGUUUCAUGAAGAUGUAAAAGAUAUCCUGAAAACAAAGAGUGUAAGAACAUUCUUUAUAUGAUUUUGAAAGUGUUUUCUUUUUCAGUGGGAUGCAUGUGUUGUUAACAUUUUAGACUCAGCAUUAAGUAUCAAUGAUUAACUGAUAUUGAGAAAUUUCUUAAUUGUAUCUCUUUGAUAUAUUCAUCACAGGGAACAAAAGCUACGCAGGGAUUGUCCCUGAAACUGCAUUCAACCAGCAGAGUUUGCUUUGAAGCUCAAGCUUUCAAAAAUAUGAAGAGUUU